AAGCUGUCAGCACCGGUCCCAGCUAUUCUUCUUCUCUCUGUUGACGCUGACAGCGACGUAAAUUGGAGGUUUCCUCCUAUUCAAUUGGUUACCUCACCGGAACCCUGUGGGUCGUAUUCUUCCCUUAUCGAUCCGUUCCCCUAUCCCAAUUUUCCGCUGUAAAUCUAAUUGUAUAACUGCCAGUGUCGACAGGAAGAUGGGCCAAAUUUGAAUAAAUUAUCUGUGGGAAUGAUUGGGAAUUCCGGCUGCGUUGCAGCGGCGUCUCUUCCGGUUGUCUCCCGGUGUUGGAGUGAAAUGGAAACCCAGACUCGCCGUUGGAAGCGUGCUGCGCCGUCCCAGAUGGCAUUGGUUCUGACUGCUUGACACCAAUUCUGAGGCUAUCUACAAGUAAUAUGUGACGGCACCAUGGGCUUUGGAACUUUCAUAGCCUCACUCCGAGCCUCUUGGGUCGGCUACGCGUUAGUGCUGCUCCUAGCCUCCUCUCAAGCAUCGUGUGUCCUGAUCACGCAGCCCGUGCCCAGCACUGACAACACACAGGCAUGCGAGUCCAUCGAUGUGAACACAGGGCUGGUGGAGUACCGACCGUGCCAACCCAACGUGAUUGACAUGGCCAAGUUGACGGUGCCUAGAGUGGACCCGGCCAACAGUACAUGUGGAUUCCCCGUCAGUCAGUUCUGCACACUGGAGAUACCCACCAGCUGCGAUAUAUGCAACGCUCGCAUGAAAGGCCAGUCUCAUCCACCGAACUUCAUGACUGACAAAGAGAGGGGCGUGCCCACAUGGUGGCAGUCGGUAUCUUGGCUGGACUACCCCAACCCCAUGCAAAUCAAUGUCACCUUAUCUUGGAACAAGACGUUUGAAUUGACCAAUGACAUUGUGGUAAAGUUCCAGUCUGUCCGGCCGUACCAGAUGAUUAUUGAGAAAUCAAUGGACUACGGCAAGACGUGGAUGCCCAUGCAGUACUACGCUAGAAAAUGUAUGGACUCCUUCAACAAGAUGCCAGUGACAAGCAGCACGAUAUCCAGAAGGGACAUUGCCAAGGUGAUCUGUACCCAGGUUUACAGCGGCGCGAUGCCCAGACCAGAUGGAAGCGUGCGGCUGGAGAUUGAGGACAGGUUCAAUCGGUAUUUGAACUCUUUGAAGAACACAAACGACAUCUCAGUAGCACUGGAAAAUCACCAACAGCUCAGAGACUUUGUGACGUUAACUGAUCUGAGGAUACGGCUUUUUGGCACCAGCCACCCAACGGGGCUUACAGUAGGAGUACUACCAUGGGAGCUGCUCAAGUAUUAUUACGCUAUAUCUGACAUCCAAGUCAGGGGAAGGUGUAAGUGCAACCUUCAUGGCUCGGACUGCUUCAUGGUGAACGGUACCAUGACGUGUGACUGCAAACACAACACGGAGGGACCGGACUGCAGCAGGUGCAAAAAGCCGUAUGACACGCGAAAGUGGAAGGCGGGAACUUGGAAACCGCUACCCAGAGGAACAGCAAACGAGUGUAGGACCUGUCAGUGUAACGGCCACUCUGAACGCUGUCGUCUGAUCCAAGUGCUCGGCUACAUGGUGUGUAUUGGCUGUCUUCACAACACCAUGGGGAGGAACUGCGAACAAUGUUUGCCUGGCUUCUACAGGGACGUGACAAAGAAGAUCGUCGAUCCGGACGUGUGUGCUCCAUGUAACUGCAACCAAGUAGGAUCGAGGCACAACAAGUGUAAUGCCACAACUGGAGAAUGUAUCUGCAAAUCGUACACCAAAGGUCCGAAGUGCGACUCCUGCGUUAAAAACUACUACUGGACGGACAACCAAGGCUGCGUUCCUGCUAUCUGUAACAACGACACGCUAUCCUGUCAGAACAACGGAACCUGUGUGAGUUAUCAACGCUGUGACUGCCUGCCGGGUUUCGGGGGCAAGUUCUGUGAGAGACAACUGAAAUGCUAUACUGGAAUGUGUGCUCAAAGUGUUGGUGGUUCCUCCUCACUCCAGUCGAUGUACAGCGCUAUUCUGACUCUACUAGUAGCGGGGGUGACCACGUUCCUCGGCAUGGUAACAGAUUCACUCCCGUGGUCAUGACGAUAUCAUAUGGACUAAAAAUAGACCAAUUGAUCGUGGCCUCAUAGGUAGUAUGACGUCACGAGUCCUUUUGGUAGCUAGGAUGAACAUCGUCUGCAAAAAUGCACAGAGAAGAGCAGCACUGCGAGCUUGUCGCCGCUUCGAGCUUGAUGAAUAGUAGUGACACUUCAGGAAGAAGGCUGAAUGCAACGGGACUGCAAAUCACGAAAAUGGAGAAACUGCAGAGGACGAAUAUGAUCCGGAAAGUUCGUUCACCAAGCAAAUCGGCUUACUGUGACGUGAAGCAUCUCGUGCACAUACGGGCAAUUUCAUCUCCUUUCACCACGUCUUAGCAGCACGAUGGGCCACAAAAACUUGAUUGCAUCGAACGGAGAGGCGAAUUCGUCCAAAG